UGUGGGAAAAUUACACAUGUGAUGUGUGUCGAGCACCUAGAUAUUGGCAACCUGACGCGCAAUUGUAUAAAUUUAUUCUGCUGGCUGGCUAAGUAUAUGCGUGUGUGCGCGUGUAUAUACACAUAUAUUUUCUGCGUAAGCCUCAAUGAGAGAGAAAACCUGAGAAAGAACGAGAGAGGAGAGAGAGAACACAAGAUUAGCUAUCAUAAUGUCACGUGUCUCUGCCUCGACUUCAUUUUUGUUUUAUCACGUGAAAAGGAUGAAAAAAAAUUAACUUCGUCGUUAAGUUUUACUAGAGAGAUCUACGUGCGAGCAGAUUAUCCGUAUCAUGGAGUUGUUCGGGGAAGUCUGAAAAAUCGCCAAAUCUGUACGUCCUGAAGCAAAUUGAGACAGAUUCGUGCACACACCAGCCUUGCGAGAGCAAUGAACGCGGUAAUCGCAUUGUGUACCUUCUGUGAGAUGCACGGACCUAAGGUGAUAUUUACCACGCAAACGUAUCGUAGCUACGACACACAAAAUACAGAGAAGCUAAAGUUUUACGGACCGAAAGAGGUGUUGAGACAAGGAAAUAUUCCCUUGGAGGAUGGACAAGACGAGUGCGAGGGUUGUCAGAGCAUCGGAAGUGUCAAGUACUUGAGCAACGAGCACGAAACGAGAACAUCCUUCCUGUCAGCUCAACAAUCUUUGAUACAGGAUAUAGGAAGUUUGUUAAAGCAUGCUUGCAUCAGGAGUCUGAGCUGCGAAGUACAUCCUGGUAAAGAAGGUGUUUGCUAUUUUGGAGAUGAGUACAGGGGGCAUGUUUUAAGUCAUACUUUUACGUUGAAAGAUGCCCAGGCGAGAGGAUUCAGGAGAUGGUGCAGUUUUAUUGUUUUCAUGAGAGACAAGCAAUUCUUGCUGAAUAUGUGGCCGUUUUUAAUUGACAAUUUGAAGGAGGUGAUCAAAGAGUUGCAAGAUUUUGCGGAGAAAAGAUACAAAGCGGAAGAAGCGGAAUGUCCUCAAAAGACGAUGAGACUUACAACGGCAAACAGCGGAGCAAGUUGCACCUCGAUCAAACAGUCCAGAACGCUUGUUGAUAUAACAAAUGAGAAGCACGUUUUUGUAAGAAUUCAUAUGUGGUUAGUAUGGAUCCUCAGCGCUGGUGCGAGGCAUUUCAUAGAAAUUUUCCCAAUGAGUUACUUAGAUGACGAACUUAAUUAUAAUUUCGAUCACCAAAUUGAGAUUGACGAAAGCUUCACUUUGGUGAAUGCCAAACUGCCGAUAAAUUUGAACUUUCACUCGGACAAUUCUGAAAUUCUGCCGGAGUUUUCCGAGAUCUCGGAAAAAUCCACAUCCGUGAUUCUGCGAGAUCUGAAACGCGAACUCGGUAAGGAUCAAUUUAGACAGUUGCUGUACGCCUGUCUGAUCGGCGUUCAAGUUCUGGUGAGAGGACCCAAGAUUCAGAGAUUAGAGUCGUUGUACGGACUCAGCAGCCUUGUGCCAAGAGCGUGUCGAAGAGUGAACGCACAAGCGUCGGAAUACACCGAUCCCGACACGUUUAACUUUAUCGGAAUGGACACCUCGGUGGCGGUUCCCAUGCCCUGUGCGAGCGUGUGCAGGUUAGAUAUAAUACUCAACGAGCACAAGAUCGAAAACGCCAAGUCCCACAUAGUCAAGUGGACCGGCGCCUUACCGGCGAAACUUCCGACCUUACUGACGAAAAUCGAAAAAUCGCUUGACAACGACAAAAUCGGAAAUUCGGUUCUCAAAGCGCACUUCGCAACUCUGCAGGAAGAAUGGGCUAAUAUUGCGAAGGUUGUUCACGCGAUGCGAGGACGAGGCCAUCGCGGUGAUCUCUCCGGACUCAUGCUCAGCCUGGGUGCCGGACCUCAAGACAAAAAGCUGCUGGACGCAUGGUCAAUGGGACUGCCAUCUAAUCCAGCUUAGAGUCUGCGGGGAAUUAAAUUUUAAUUUUUAUCGUAUUGCAUGUAGUAUAAUUGUCGGGCAUUGUAAUAAUUUAUUUACGAUUGUGCAAACGAUAUAUAUAUAUUUUAUUCGGACUUCUCAUCUCGCUUGAGAGGAAACGCUUACUGUGUGUUCAAGGUUGUGUGUCUUUUUUUUUUAAUUUAUAAUUUAGUUAACAAAAUAAAUGCAAGAUUGUUAAAAGGUGCCUUUAUACUGAGUCGAUUUAUUAAAUUUAAAACAUUUUUGAUGAGAGAAAGAGAGAAAGAAAGAGAUGGAGAAAAAAUUAUAUAUCGCGCUUAAAUUUAUUCAAAGAUAUUGAUCAAAUAAUAAUAAUUAACAUACAGAGUUUGAUAUUCCGAACGAAUGAUAAGUUUUGCGACAAUUUAUAGAUCUCGUGAUAUAUUUUAAAAUUGCAUAUUUAUUUAUUUAUACAUUCACAUACGUUUAAGGAAUAUAAUUUUUGAGAAUAUUUGAUGUGAUUGGGGACACAGGUGCGCGAGAUACGAAACUAACGCCAUCUGGAUAAAGAGAGGUAGACAUACUACUGUUCGUUGAUUCUCUCUCCCCUCCGCGUGCGACAUAAUAAAUAAAUUUAUACGGGCGGCGCGAGAGAUACCGCAGUAACGACGGCGACGAGGAGGCGAAGUGCACACGCGCGUAAGAAAACGAACUUCGACCAUGAGUACCGUUACCUGUAUCGCACCCGUUAAUAUUGCGGUUAUUAAAUAUUG